AUGGAGCCUUUACCUGAUCCAUUAGGUGACCGCGUAGUAAAAUCCCUUCCAACACCUCCCCACAAGCCUCUUUCUGAAGAUUUGCUUUUUCCUAAUGCAUGUAAUUUAUAAUCAGCGAAUAUUCCAAACCUCGAGAAUCUAAAGCUCCACUUGUCCAAAGAAGGAAGGAUCAAAAAAGCAGAUGUUAUUAAAAUAAUAGAGCGGGUUAAGAACUUAUUCCAAGGAGAGCCAAACUUGUUAAGAAUUGACGACCCUCUUCUUAUUAUUGGGGACAUACAGGGGACAUAAAAAUAGUGUGGCGAGCCAACCUGCCCUCUUAACUACUGCAGCCAGAUGAAGUCUGGGAACUUUGUGGGAGGGAAAGCAGCGUUGGUACGCGUAGUCGGCGGGUUUUACAUGGUAUGGCGGAGCGCAAUAUCGAAUAGCCGACCGCAAGCUCACAUCCAGGGUAAGAUCUUUAGCCCGAGGAUGAUGGAACUUGAAUUUGGAAAGGGAUAGGCCCAGAGGGCGUCGCUUUGCCAAUAAGGCAUUUUCACAGCACAAUACCGGGAUUGCGCUAUGGACUGCAAGGUUUAUCCUGGUCGAUAGCCUGACAAGAAAAUUCGCUUUUCGAAUUUUCAGAAAAAGCAACCUCGUGAUGUUCGGCAUGGUGACCCAGCAUCUCUAUCCUGGGUAGCAAGCGCAAGCGCUUGUUCGAAGGGAGCAACACAAGUCUUAGGCUGUGAAAUCAGACUGGAGAGCAAGGGACUAUGCGAAUCAAGUGACGUGAAAAGCGUUUUUAAGCUUGUUGGAGCUUCUCUAUAAUGGCUUAAUUAAUAAAUGGGGACAUCCAUGGACAGUUUUUCGACCUGCUCAAAGUCCUAGAGAUGGGAGGCAGCCCAACUAAAAAUAAAUUUCUGUUUUUAGGCGACUACGUGGACAGAGGCAUUUAUUCAAUAGAAGUAGUCAUUUUGCUAUACAGCCUUAAGCUGAAUUUUCCAGACAGGGUGUUCUUGAUAAGAGGGAAUCACGAAUGCAGGAUUUUGACGACUUAUUUUACGUUCCGGGCUGAGUGCUUAAAUAAAUAUGAUUUGGAAAUUUAUGAUCGGUUUUUAGAGAGUUUUGACUGUUUGCCGUUGGCAGCCCUUGUGAAUGACAGCUUUAUCACCUGUCAUGGUGGGCUUUCUCCGGAUUUAGAAGUACUAGAUGAUAUUGAUUUAAUAUACAGGUUUAACGAGCCACCUAAAACUGGGGCGUUUUGCGAUAUUUUGUGAGCUGACCCAGUAGAUGACCAAGAAGGGAUUUUAAAUGAAGAAUUCUCUUAUAAUACCGUAAGAGGGUGCAGCUAUUUUUAUGGAGCCAACUCGACGAACACUUUUUUGCAGAGAAAUGAUUUAAUAUCAGUCAUAAGGGCUCAUGAAGUCCAGCUGGAAGGCUACAAAAUGCACAAGUGGAAUGGAGAAAACGACUUUCCAGCAGUCAUCACUAUUUUUUCAGCCCCAAAUUACUGUGAUACCUACAAUAAUAAAGGAGCCAUCGUGAGACUGUGCAAUAGUAUUUUAAACAUCCAGCAGUUCAAUUAUAUUACCCACCCUUACCAUUUGCCUGACUUUAUGGACAUUUUCACCUGAAGCUCUCCUUUUGUGGUUGAGAAAGUGAUGACGAUGAUGCUAAAUAUCCUGAAACUGGACGAAAAAGUACUUUUGAGGUCUGAUAGUCUGGCAAAUAGAAGAAUUAAAGGACUUAAGGUUGAUUUUCAGGAGGCGAAAAAAGGGAUUUUGAAGAAUAAGGUGCGGGCGGUGUCGAGGAUGAUGAAAAUGUAUAGGACGCUCAGAGAAGAGUUUGAGCUGAUUAUAAUGCUGAAAAACAUGUGUCCUGAUAACAGAAUUCCUAGAGGACUUUUGAUUGAAGGAAGAAAAGCACUGAUGAGAGCAGUCGACAUGUUCAAACAGGCAAAAGCCUUGGAUCUUCCGAAUGAGAGAAGACCAGAGUAA